GCAUAGAAGAACUACAACUAGUCAAGCAAUGAAAGCUGCUGUCGAAGCUGAAAAUAACAAAAUGGAAUUGGUUAUAAAGACACCACUAUUCCAAUCAGAUGAUGUUGAUCACUUUGGUGAUAAUGAUAAAGAAAAUGAAGAAGAAGAAAGAGUUAGAUUAAGAGAUAGUGAAGAUAAUUAA